AUGAAAUUUAUACUAUUGUUAGUUAGUCUUUUAUUUUGUGAAGAUUUAGAAGAUUUAUUAAGAAAAAGACUUUAUAAAAAACAUUUUAAUCCAAUAAGUACUUAUUUUAAAAAAAAAAUCAUUGCUUUGUCUAUAUGA